GCACGUGGGCAGCAUAUGAGAAGGAAGCUGAUUGGAUGAUAGGACGCAUGGACAGCGUAUGAGCAGGAAGCUGAUUGGAUGGUAGAAUGCGUGGACAGCAGCAUGGCAGCUGAGCCAGCCAAUGGGUGCCUGCUUUCUGUUGAAUUCUGUUACGUCUCGGAUUGGUUUCAGUUAUGUCAGGUAGAGAUUAAAGGUAUAAAAAGGGUGUGAUUUCUACAAUAAACUGAUCUCCUUCAGCUGCAUGAGGGAGUCUGUGUCACUUUGUUCCCCACUGCUACAAAUGGCUGGCCCAAAUUGGGACCUAUAAGGUGGUGCAGGGUGUGCAGUCUGCUCCAGCUGCAACUCCCACUAGGUCAAGGAACGAGCCGGGAAGAGUCCAGAAAAGGAUCCAGGGAAGGAUCCGGGAAGAGUUCAGGAAGGAACUCAGGAAUAUAAAAGUGUGCACACCUCACCUGGACGGUGAAUAGACCAGUGGAAGCAAAUACGGGAGGUGGAAUAUCCCUGGAACAAAGCAGGAGCUUGGGCCAGGUACGGUGGCUCCUACAUCAGCAAUCUGCUAAUAUGGCUGAUGUGAAACUAAGCCCCCUGCUGGACUGGGUGUCUAAUCACAUUAAACAUUUUCCCUGUAAUGGACCCCUUCAAUCAGAAACCUGGCAAGCGGUAGGACAGAGACUUUUCACUACAUCAGGGACAAUCACAGCAGCUAUUAAAGGAAGUCACACGAAUGUCAGCCAUUACACAGCUUCAGAAGCUGAUUCCCCUGAACCCUCAGCACCACCAGAACCCAUAGACGACCCCAAGAUUGACUCAAACCCUGCAGAAUUGCCUUAUCCUGAGAUUAACCCAAGCCCUGCAGAACUGCCGUACUCCGAUAAAAAUCCCUGCGUGGCUGGCCCCUCAGUGUAGAAUUCCCACAUCGCGAGGAGGCAGCGGGCUCACUCCCUGCCCAAAAGGGCAACACAGUAGUCCAGCGAUGGCAAAAAUGCUGGGAAGACACCAUGAAGGAGGGCAAAUUCGCAGUCGCUACAGCCUGCCCGGUAAUAUAUGUGCCAAACCAGCACCCAGCGUACCGAGAGCUAGACUAUAAAGUAAUUAAAGAACUGGGGAUGCUACUAAAAGAAAGUGCCUUAUCCUCCCAUCACGCCCUAACCUACCUAGAAUCCAUCAGUACCACAUACGUCCUCACUCCCCACGACUGGAAAAGCAUAAUGAAAAUUAUCCCAACAGCAGCGCAGUUUGCAGUCUGGCUAACCGAUUACCGAGAGCUGUGUACAGCCCAAGUGCUGCAGGACAGAAAUUCACCAAUUGCCACUGCGCAGCUGAGCAGAGAGAAUGCUUCCGCAGUCCCUGCAGCACAGGCAGCCUACCCACAUGAUAUUUUACAGGAUCCAGCGGAGUCGUUCAUGCAGCUCCUGGACAGACUGCAUGCCACGCUCUCCCGACAAGUCAACAAUGAUGAGGCCAGAACUAUUCUGUGGCAGCAACUUGCUUUCAUAAACACGAAUGAAGAUUGUAGAAAAGCAGUGCUUGCUGUUCAUAAUCCACAUAUUUGUGAUGUAUGUGACACAUUUGCAGAUAUGGUCAGAGCAUGCCGAAAUGUGGGAACUGCUGCUUAUAACUAACUAACUAACUCUCUGGCAGCAGCUUUAGCUGUGCACUUCUGGGCUCCGGACACACAUGUAGGGGUCAGAGCUGGCCGGCCCCAGGACAGGGAUCGGGGUGAGCAGGGCUCAGGACAGUCCUGGCAGGCAUGUUGGCAGUGCUCGGCUCGCUGCAGGUGGCCCGCAGCACCAGGAGCCCCCCAAGCAAGCCUCUGCUGCAGCCCUAUCCCCAUGGCAGCACAGCCACAGGCACAUCAGGGACUGCCAGCCCAUCAAGUACGGCAACGUCACACACAAAGCAUGGCCCAGUGACAACAGCACAGCCGGCCCGGUGCUGCCACCGGAACAUUUGUAUCGUACAUCCACCCAGAAGCAGCAGCCAGAGCACGGGGCCACUGGCAGCAGAAGCAGCUGAGCCGCACUCCUCUGAGGCACAAGGCUGCCAGCAGCAGGUGGGCGGCUCCCCCAGGGCAGGCACUGCCAUAGCACAGCUGUCACUGGGGGCCGGGCCAAGCAGUGGGGAUAUCACUGCCACAGCAGCUGAGUGACAGUUGGGAGCGAGGUUGUGAUUGGCUGGAGGAACACGUGGACAGCGUAUGAGCAGGAAGCUGAUUGGAUGAUAGGACGCAUGGACAGCAGCACUGCAGCUGAGCCAGCCAAUCGGUGCCACCUUUCUGUUAAGUUCUCUUAGGUCUCAGAUUGGUUUCAGUUAUGUCAGGUAGAGAUUAAAGGUAUAAAAAGGGUGUGAUUUCUACAAUAAAUUGAUCUCUUUUGGAUGCAUAAGGCGGUCCAGGUAGUUUGUCCCCCAUUGCUACACCCAACAAACCCAAAUGGGUGAGCAUGUUACUCUGUGAAGUUUUUAGAGACAGCGUUUUCAAAGCCAAACACUAUUUCAGCCUUCAAAAAUGCACAAAAAACGCACAAAAGCCCCCAUGACAAACUACAAGAAUGAAUGUUUGUCUGCAUCUCAACAAGCUCUUCUCAGUAUGGUCAAACCCAGCUAGCACAGAACAAACACCUUGCUUUGUGCAGGGUGUUAGACAGUCUCUAAACAGAAUCUUUUAUGCCAUUUCUCCCAAAUCACCAAGGCUCCUAACUUUCCUUCAUGGGCUCUUCUAGAUUUUAAAACUCUUCUAAUUUCAAUUUUGAGAAUCAAAAGUAUCACUCAUAUCUAACAUAUAAAAAAUAAAGGACCCAGUGUUAUAA